ACACUCUUGACUAGAAACAUGAGCGCUCCCAUAAGUCCCUCUCAAACCCACAAAACACUUCAAAGUUUUAGCUUUAGCUGUUCUGUGAAACAAAGAAAAUUAAAAUAACAAUGUCACCAUCAAUUCUGAAUAGUCGUCCGUGCUCCUGCACUCGUUUCUGUUGAUACCAAACUAUUUUGACCCCUUCCCAUUAUCUAAUCUCCUUAGCAUUCCUUCACUAAUCAAUUCUUAUUUCUUAUACAUACCUAAUCAUGGAUUUUAAUCUUUUCCAAGUCUUUCUCAGUUCCUAUGCCUCUGAACUACUUGGGUUUCAGUUUCUGCUCAUAGAAAUUAGAAAGACAAGCCCAGAUAAGCAUAUUGCACCCUUUUGGGCUGUUUGCUGCUGAAGAACCAAUUCAAGUUCAGGUUCGGGGUAUAAGAGGUUUAAGGUACAAGAAGACAUGUGGUUAGGGGAGUAGAGAAUUGGAAUUGUAUGUUGCAAUGGUUUGUAGUUGCUUUGGUGUGCUCAAUUGGUGCAAAGGAAAGGAGAAUUUGGAACCUUCCAGCCAAGCCCAAGGGAUUCCUACCAACAAUGUAAGGCUCUUUUCUUAUAAUUCAUUGAGGUCAGCGACCAGGAAUUUUCAUCCUUCAAACAAAAUAGGUAGAGGAGGCUAUGGAGUUGUCUAUAAGGGAGUUUUAAGAGAUGACACAGAAGUUGCGAUCAAGUGUCUUUCUUCAGACUCUAGACAAGGAGCAAAUGAAUUUUUGACAGAGAUCAACACGAUAUCAAGAAUACGACACCCAAACCUUGUCGAGCUUAUUGGCUGCUGUGUGGAGGACAGUCACCGAAUAUUGGUAUAUGAAUAUCUGGAGAACAACAGUCUUGCAAGUUCUUUGCUUGGUUCAAAAAGUCAUGUUCCUCUAGACUGGCCCCAGAGAGCAGCAAUUUGCCUGGGUACAGCUACUGGUCUUGCUUUUCUUCAUGACGAAGCUGAACAACAUAUUGUGCACAGAGAUAUCAAGGCUAGCAAUAUACUUCUCGAUGCAAACUUUUGUCCUAAAAUUGGAGAUUUUGGGCUGGCAAAACUUUUUCCUGAUAAUGUCACUCAUCUUAGUACUAGAGUGGCAGGAACUGUUGGAUAUCUGGCCCCAGAAUAUGCACUUUUGGGACAGCUUACAAAAAAAGCAGAUGUAUACAGCUUUGGGGUUCUCUUGCUUGAAAUAAUUAGUGGCAGAAGUAGUAGUAAGGCAGCCUUUGGUGACGAACUGAUGGUUCUGGUGGAAUGGACUUGGAAACUGAAAGAAGAAGAAAGGCUUAUAGAAAUUGUCGAUCCAGAAUUGACUGCAUAUCCAGAGGCUGAGGUAAUGCGCUUCAUUAAGGUUGCGCUCUUUUGUACUCAAGAAGCUUCGCAUCAAAGGCCGGCCAUGAAGCAAGUAGUGGAAAUGCUUUCCAAAGAGGUACAGCUAAAUGAGAAGCUACUAGUAGAACCAAGGCCAAGGAGGUAUGUACCUCAACAUGGAGGUGGUGCCAGUGGGGAGGGAACAUCAUCUUCUCAGUCAGAUAAAGAUAAACGCGGGAAAUCAUUGGCAAAUCCUGAUGUAACUUCCACCCAGUCGUAUAUAUAUGAAUCUCAAACGCAAAUGUUUCCCAGGUGAUUAUUCUUUGGCUGACCAUAGUAAAAUAUUGGAAGCUUGCAAAACUUUGCAGGUUCUUGACAUCUUUUUCUCUUUGCUGAGUACGUAGGAACUAGGAAGUGAGGCGAAGAUAUUAGUAUGCAAGUGUUGAUAGUAGUAUGCAAGUGCUUGAUAUAUCCAUCUUUAGUAAAAUAAAAUGAUAAAUGAGAAUCGUCAUUGAUCGACCUA